AUGCAAGGCUUCCGCCCUGUCCAGUACACCGUUUUCGAGCGAGAAGAGGUUGGGGUGGAGCUGUACCGGUACACUACGCGAGCAAAGUUCUGUCCUCUGUCCAUGUUCCACCACGCUUGGACAUUGGUCGACGUGGCCUUUUUUUAUCCGACAUGGAAAAAAAAAGCCAUCUUCGCCCUCCAUGGCUUAGAGCACCAAAAAAGCUGGAGGCCUCAGCUGGCUUUCCCCCGUUCGCGGCCAAGAAUAGAAAGGGCGCAAACCAGUUGCGGGGGGGGUGCUGGUGCUGGUGCUGGUGCUGGUGCUGGUGCUGGUGCUGGUGCUGGUGCUGGUGCUGGUGCUGCGGAAGCUCGCUCGCUCGCGGUUCGGCCUGGGAUUCCGCUGAUCGCAGCGCUGCCCCCUCGAAUCCUGACGGGCACCGAGAAAAGGCGUUGGGAUGGCGAUAGCGCGCAUCGCGUACCGAUCGAUCCGCCAGUUCCUUCCUUGACCCUGGAUAGUGCAUCCAUGGCCAAUGCCAAUGACGGCUCCCUACUUGACAUACAACUAGCGAGGCCUUGCAUGGUUGCAUGUUUGCAUCAUGAGGCCUCUUCUCAAGUCCGUGUUCGGCUAUGUAUGGUCCCGUUCGGAUCCCAUCCAACCUUGCUUUUCCCUCGACUCUCGCCCUCCCCCUCGCCGCGAACCCGCGCAACGAUCAUGCGGGUGGCAGAUGUACUGAUUGGCCAUCGCCGUACUCCCAUCACAGCCACCAAGGCAUUGCCUGUGUGGAAGGCCUUGGACCCCCGCCCCCCCAGUAGAGAUAGGCGCAUUUUCUGGCUUGCCAAUGGUGGAAGAGGUCAAAUGGGUCCUAUGGCAAAAGUGCCCAGUCGGAGGCGGUGUUUUGGAAUUUCGGUGCGAAAGAAGGCUGUGAAGCCAUCAGAGGACCGGCGCUUUGGUUGCUUCGGGCGGGGGGUUUGCGUUGCGAUGCAGCUGUGCUGGCUUGCUCAGCACGCCGACCUGUUGCUGUUUCAUCGGGACAAGGUCGCUGGAAUGGCUGUAGCGAGGAUAGCAAUAGCAAUCGCAGGCAGCAGACAAUCUUCUAGAUGCUUGAGCAACGCGGGAUGGAUGGGGGUGGUGACUUGUUGCAUGCGUAGAGUACGAGUAUGGAGAGCAGUGGCUUUGCCUGUAGAGCCGGAACAGCGUUCCAUCCACGUCACACAGCGUACCAAAUGGCAAGAGGGAGUGAAACAUUGGGGCCAUGUUGAAGGUUACGGCACGAGACCCGAGAGUCUUGCACUGUUUCCCGAUAGCCGUGGGGGCUACUCUGCUGUAUAUAGGAAGAUGGAAAAGAAAUCUCACGGCGAGUCGAGCUCACAGUACGCAUUCAACGGGAUAGAUGUGUUCUUCCAGAACGCAAGGGAAGUCGCUUGGCAAGUCGGCCGUGAGGUUGUGGGCAAAAGAUACCUACCUGCUUGGUACAUGCUGACUGAUGCCGACCAUGCUCCCCAGUCGUGGCUGAUUGGCUGCGGCAUGGGGAUCCACUGCAUCCAUUCGCUACCGCCAUCUCCAUCAGGACAUGAUUCCGCCCAAGCCCCAAUCGUUUUGCUCGACGAUGGCUAA